CAAAUGUUACUAUCGCUUUGUCUACAUGCAUUAACUAACGUAGGCCACAAAACUGAAGUAAUGAAAGUUAAGUAGACCUCUGUAAGGCUUCAAAUAAUUUUAAUUUUACUAAAGCCUAAACCCUUUUAAUUUUAAUCUGCUCUCUGACUUCAGUGGCAGCUGCAGAGCUUAAGGAGAAGGUGGUGGGUCUGGCGAAGGCAGAUGCCACUAAGGAGAUGGAAUUCGCACAAAAGUUUGAUGUUCUAGGUUUUCGAAACUGUACUUCUAUGUUGAUGGGGGUGUAUAAACCCUAUCCUAGUAAACAAACCAAAGAUGCAAUAAUUAAUUGGGUGAACAAGAAAACAAUCCCCGCUUUGUAUAACAUCACAACGACAAAGGAGGCUGAACGCAUCUUGGCUAUAGAAGAAAAAAUAGUAUUUGGUUAUUUAGAGAGCUUGGUGAUGAACUUCUGGAUGCUUCGAAGCUGGAAGAUGAUGUUAGCUUCUAUCAGAUGACAAGUCCUGAUGUAGCAAAACUCUUCCAUAAUGAUCCCAAAGACAAACGUCUGGCUUUG